AUGAACAUAUAUGAUCACGAAACGGACAAUGUGGAUAACUAUCAUGAUGAUAGUCACAAAAACGAUGAAAGUGACCCAGAUAAUGACUCUGAACUUAGCUAUUAUGAAGUGCUAAUGAAAGGCAAUGAGUUAUACCUCGGUGAAGAAGUGGGACUAGAGAGCCUGAAGCCUAAUUGCAUUACCUCGAACUUAUCAGGGUCCUUUUUAGUAUCAGGAUCGAGAGAUGGGACGCUGUAUUGCAUCAAUUUUGACAAAUGGUCAAAGGGAGGGUUCGGAGAAUACUGGAAGGUUAAGCUGGAGCAGUCGGUGAACGAGUUGGCCUUUAACACAGAAGAGUCGGUGUUGGCAGUGGCAUCAGGAAACUAUUUGCACUUUUACACAGACGGAGGGGACCAAAUAGUGUCUACAACAAGAGGCGACAUGUACCUGUUGGACGCAAAAAAGACGAAGGGACACACGGCUACGGUGACGUGCGUAGCCAAUGACCCGAAGAACGUUAACCUGUACGCAUCCGGCUCAAUGGACGGAACGGUGAGGCUGUUUGAUAUACAAUCGACGAAGCAGAACGUAUCACUAUCUCUGAAUAACAUAAACAUAUACACACUGUCGAACAAGUACCUCAACAGAAACAAAAGCGCAAAUGGAGGACAGGGGCACGCUGGGAAGAACAGAGUGGCAAUAACGCGACUGUGCUAUGCAAGUUAUAACUACAAGGACGUGUUGGUGGCAGGAAAUGAACUGGGGAAGCUGAUAGUCUGGGAUUAUAAGACGACUUUCCAAAACUUAAUGAUAGACGCACACGAAAAGAGCAUAGAUGCAGUGCUAUCGUAUGAUGCAAACAAGGUGGUAACAAUGUCGGAAAAUGAGCUGAAGUUCUGGGAUUUAAAACAGCACCAAAAGCCGUUUAAAGAGCUUAAGUUGCCCGCAUAUACGACCGGCUUCAAUAGGAAUCAGAACGUUGUACUCUCACCAGAUAACCUGCACCUGGUAAUAAACACGCCAAAGGAGUCGUCUGAGGAUAAGAAGGCAAAGAGUGAAGUGUGGGUGUACGACCUGGAGAAGUGGGAAGUUGUUAACAAGUGGGAAGUGGAGUCGCAGCUAGGGCCGCUGGUGUGGAGUUACGAAACUAAUCAGCUAUUCAGCUACUGCGCCAACGGAAAGUUGUACGCAAGGUGCACACAAGAUAACGCGGGAGUAAACCACUACACGAAGGCACAGAAAACAUUGGAAAAAAAGAACAAGUACGCGAAAGUUAGCACUAUUUCAGCGAAGCUAGAAGCGUACCCAAUAGACUACCUGCCAGACGACCUGAUAGAAGUGGAGGAAGGAGUGCUGAAGAAAAGAAGAGUGGAGCCGCAAGACAAGUACGGAAUACCGAAGCAGGAAGGAUACGACUACUUCAAGCACGGAAAGACGCCAAUCACAUACGAAGACGACGACAUAGUGACGAAGCUGAGGUCACAAGUGGAGAAGGAUACGAAGAGAGAGCUGGGAGAAGAAGAAGGAAUUAGACAAAUACCGUACAAAGCAGACAAGUUCAUGGCAAUCUACAAGAAGACGCAGCCGAACCUAAUACUGGACUUCGACAGGCCGAAAACAAAGGAAGAAAAGCUGCUCCUGGGAGUGAGCAAGUGCCCGCGAUGCGGAAUCAAAAUAUGCCAAUGCGGCUACAUGGAGAAGAAUAGACAAAGAUGA